AUGUCUAAACCACGAGUCCAGAUUCUACUUUCAGUCGACUUCGAUGCUGUAUCGGGCUUCCUAGGCACUGGUGCUUCUCCUACAACCAAUCUUGCUGAUUACAGCAGUGGUUUCUUUGCAGCCCAAGUAGGAGUGCCGCGCCUACUGCGACUCUUUAAGAAACAUGGCAUUGCCUCUUCAGUGACCUGGUUCAUUCCGGGGCAUUCGAUGGAAUCAUUUCCGAAAGAGACCAAGGCGAUUGUCGACUCUGGUGCGGAAAUCGGCUGUCAUGGGUAUGCCCACGAGGGUUCCAGCCAGAUGACCGAGUCCCAGGAGAGGGAUGUCAUCACGAAAUGUGUGCAAUUGGCAACCGACUUGACAGGAAAGAAGCCUCGUGGGUGGAGAGCUCCCUUGUAUCAAUUGCGAACGAAUACCAUUGAAGUCUUGGAGGAACACGGUUUCUUAUACGACUCUUCUCUCACGCAUCAUGACUCGGCGCUUUACUUUAUUCCCAAAAUGCCCGAGCCCACGGCCAUUGACUUUUCGCCUUCCCACCCUGCUUCCACUUGGAUGAAGCCUCUCCCUCUUCCGGCAACCAGGACGUCCGAAACCCUGGUUGAAAUUCCCUGUAAUUGGUACAUGGAAGAUAUGACCCCGAUGCAGUUCCUUCCAGCUGCUGAGAACUCUCACGGGUUUGUUAGCCCAGCAACGAUUGAGCAGAAUUGGAAGUCUCGGUUUGAAUUCUUGUACAGUGAAGCCCUUGAAAAGGCCGCGGAGGAGUCUAGUCCACAGGGAUUCAUCUUCCCUUUGGUGCUGCACCCAGAUACUAGUGGAAUGGCCCAUGUUGCUGGCAUGAUCGACCGGAUGAUCAGCUGGCUCAAGCAACAGGAUGUGGAAUUUGUGACAUUUGGGGACUGUGCAGCAGAGUGGAAAAAGGAGCAGAUUUGA